AAGUGUUACUAAACACACAACAGUAAAAUCAGUCUGUAUAUGCAGUAAAGUGUUAUACUCACUGUGGAACCUAAGGGGGUUAAUUUUCUGCAAAAAGGAUGUUUGAUCCUGUAUGCUCUGAUCCUCCCCUUCUACUGUCCCCAAUAAAUCUCUCGAUAGAACAGAGGCUUGGAGACAAACUGCACUUGCUUAUUUUGGUGUGUAUUGCUAGAGAAUUUUUCUUUUCUUGGGAGAGUGCAUGUGAUCAGCACAGGGCCAAUCAAUGCUGUCCAGACAGAAGUCAGGGG